AUGAAGUCAGCCCUGCUGCUCCUCGUCCUUCUGGCCAUGGCCGCUGGGCCAGCCCAGGCUCUCCAGUGUCAUGUGUGCAUCAACUCCUCCAACUGCAAGAAGGCCCAGACCUGCCCGGCCAACUCUCGCUUCUGCAGGACGGUGACCACUCUGGAACCGCUGUCCGGGAACCUGGUGAACAAGGACUGCGCUGAGUCCUGCACACCCAGCUCCACCCACCAGGGCCAGGUCAGCAGCGGCUCUGCCACCACCCAGUGCUGCCAGGGGGACCUGUGCAACGAGAGCCUGGCCGGGGCCUCCACGCUCGCCAGGGCCACCCUCGGCCUGGUGCUGGCCCUUGGCCUCCUCGCCCUCAUCCUGUGA